GGGGAUAGGAGUACUGCGAAAUAACGGCCGCCGAUGGUCACAACUGCCGUCGCGGCGGCUGCCGCCGCCGUGCCGCCGCCUGCCAAAGCCAAAGCCGUAACUGUAGCCCCAACAACACCUGCCACCGUCACAAGAAGGCACCUUCUCCUCGCCGCCGCCGCCGCCGCCCCCACCCUCCGCACGACCGCCGCCUCAGCCGCGGCCCCAAGAUUCGCCGAGAUCCCUAGCUCCGGCGGCGUGAAGGCCUUAGACCUCCGGGAGGGUUCUGGCGAGGUUCCGGCCGACGGAGACCAGGUUGCAAUCCACUAUUAUGGGAGAUUGGCAGCGAAGCAAGGUUGGCGCUUUGACUCCACCUAUGAUCACAAGGACGAGACCGGUGAUCCCAUGCCGUUUGUCUUCACCAUUGGGUCUGGAAAAGUUAUACCUGGUAUUGAAGCAGCAGUGAAGUCCAUGAGAGUUGGUGGUCUUCGCCGUGUGAUCAUUCCACCAUCACAGGGAUAUCAAAACACAUCGCAAGAACCAAUUCCUCCGAAUUUCUUUGAUCGGCAGAGAUUAUUUACUACCAUAUUCAACCCGACACGCCUCGCAAAUGGCGAGGGUUCCACUCUUGGUACACUUAUCUUUGACAUCGAGCUAAUCAGCAUAAGGCAACAUUUAUAGCUGUUCUGCUUUGCGAGGAUCUGAUCAAUCCCUUCUGUAAUAUGUGUAGAACAUAGUGACUGUCCAUCCACUCCUUGAUCAAUCUCAAUUGCACAGAUACAGAUUGUAAGGUACUGAAAGACAUACAACGGUAUAUCUAGGGAACGUAAUUCUCAAGAUCAAAUUCACUA